AUGCUGCAGGAAGUCUGCAGAAGAAUAGCUGCCUUGAAGAAAGUAGACUACGACUACGUCAACCUGGAGACACGAAAGUGGAUCAAGGAACCUGAAGACCCUGGAGUUCGAUCUCUGCAGCAGACAGUUCAGGGAGCGGUAAAGCGGCUGUCAGAGGAUCUCUACAGUGGAGAGGCUCAUUUUUCGCUGGAGCUUCUCCAGAACUGCGAUGACUGCACCUAUCCCGAGGUGGGACAAUGGUUUGAUGCUGCAAGCCACCGGCAGCCCAUUGUCACCGUGGACCUGAUCCAUGCGGCACAAGUGAUCCGAGUUCAUGGUGAAACGCCGACUCUGAAGGUGACAUAUGCAACAAGGAGGAAGAACUUCAGCGACGUCACAAGCUUUAAUGCCGGAGAUGAUGUGGAAGCCUUUCUGGUGCUGGAGCACAAUGAGCUGGGCUUUGAGGCGGAGAAGAACGUGGUGGCCAUUUGCGACGUGAACAAAUCCACGAAGCAAUUGGCUGAGAAAAAGUUCAUCGGAGCCAAGGGAAUCGGCUUCAAGUCAGUGUUUUUGGUCACGGCAACUCCGGUCCUGCAUUCGCGCAACUUCCAUUUCCAUUUCGAUGCUGACGCGCUGCAGCUUGGGCCAGUUCAGCCAGACAUUUCUUGGCCCUCAGCCUAA